AUGGAAAUUAUAAACAAUCUAAAUCAAGAAUAUCUAUUAGAUAAAAAUUUCAAUUUAAAUAAAUUUUUAUUAUCAAAGUCAAUAAACAAUUUAUUAGAUUAUGAGAAGGAUCUGAUUUUAUUACAGCAUCAAACUACUAUCAAAAUAUUUGAAUUGAUUUAUAAAGACUAUAACAACUUUAUCAACUUGAAAGACUUUAUAAAGGAUGAUAAAUUAUAUUUAGAUUAUUUAUUAAUAUCUAUUACGUCAUUUAAGAGCAACUUGAACCGAAAAUUAUCUCAGUUAAAUGAUAAUAGAGAUACUCUCAAUAACCACCUUCACAAUAGACAACUCAUAAAGAAUGACCUUAACGAUUUGAACCAGAAGAUUAACUUCAUAAAUAAUUUCAAUCACAUAAACAAUCUCAUUUCAUCACAGGAUAACAAACCAAAGCAAUUGAAAAGAAUUUCUCUACAAUUUAACAAGUUAAUCUACUUAAAUAGGAGAACAAAUGAGAAAAAUAUCAACAAACUAAAACAGAAUCUUCUAGAUAAAAUAAACAACGAGUUUUUCAUUCAAUUAAACAGUCCAAGUAAUCCUGAAUUAGUCGAUUUAAUUAGAUCAUAUGAAAUUCUCAACAGUUUGGAUCAAUCUCAGUUAGUUUUCAGGAAAUUCGUCAAAAUUUUGCUUGAUAAACUUCGUAAAGAUAACCUAUUCGAAGAAAUAAUCAAUACAAUAUCAUCUAAUUUAUCUCCACUAAUCAAUCUAUUCGAAAAUUGCCAAAAUUCAAACAAAAUUAGACAAUCUUUAUUAUCGAUAAGUGAAAAUAACAGUCAUUACAACUACUUCGAUAGUCUAUACUUAGAAGUUGAAUCUUCACUCAUAAAUAAACUAGGUUUAGAUCUCUUCUCCAUAGGCAAACCGAAUCUAUUUCAUAAGAAUUACAAUGAGUUUCAAUCUUUCAUAACCAAUUUUGAGACAUUUGCACCUUCAAUACAAGCAAUUAAUAAUAUCAGAUCACUCUCACAAAAUGGUAUAUUACAGAGGUUUCAAUUGAACAACUAUUUUCAAUUACGUUUCAAAGAGCUUGUUAGUGUUGUUGAAGGUGCAUUUCACUCACCGCUCAUUUAUUGUCAAAGUACUGAUGACAUAUAUACCAUAAAGCAAACAGAAAGAUUAGCUUGGGCUUUAAACAGAUGUUGGACUGAUGAAGUAGUCCUAGACGAUCUACUCGCGAAAUUCUGGAAGGUAACUCUACAACUAUUGUCGAGAUAUAAGACAUGGUUGGACGAUACUCUAGAUGAAUUCUUAGCACAAAAAUCUCAACAAGAUAAUGACCAAAAGUUGUUGGAGUUCUUAAUUAACAGCCGCUGUGACAUUGACACAAUAUUCACAACAACUGUUGACCUCUGGAAUAACAAAAUCAAGCAACACUUUACCGAAAUUCUAAAAGAUGAACUCGAUACCAUUCAAGAAUCAUUAUUUGAAUCAUUGGAUACCAUAAAGUUAGACUUUGGUCAAAAUUGCUUAAAUCUCAUCAUCUCAAUCCAAAUUACAAAAUUGAGUAAGCACCUCAGCGGUGUGAAAAGUGUAUACAAAUUAUCUGCACCACGUAAACAUCAAGAUAAACCAUCGGAAUUUAUAGAUACCUUGAUUAAUGACCUCAUAUCAUUUAAUAAUCAAACUAAACUAGAUAAUUAUAAAGAAAUAAUAAAUGAAAAAGUAACUAGCGAGUUAAUUGAAAGAUAUUUCAAUCAAAUAAGUGAAAUUAAGUCACAAGAGAGCUCGUUUAUAAAGUACAAACGUGGACUAGGUUCAUCGAAGGAUAGCAAUCAAAUAAACAAGCAAAUUGAUUUGGACCUUGAUUACUUUAAAUUAAAAAUUUCUCAGUUUAGUCAGAAGAAUUCUGCUGUCAUCGAUAACUACAUUGUACCUGAAGACGUCUCUUAGGGUAAAAAGAAAUAAAAAGGAUAAAAUAAUAAAUAAAUUUAAAAACGAU